UCUCCCUCCUCCCAUCUCCUGACUCCUCCUCGCAUGGCUGGCGCCAACUCACACGCAUUACCCUCUCACACUGUCACACACGGCCGGGCUCGUGCAGUACAACUCUCUGCUUCCCGGCACCAUGCGCGCGGCACGCCAUUCCCAUUCUCAUCGCCGCCGCCGGCCCAAACCCCUCUCUCUCCCCCUAUAAAACCCUCCCUCGCCUCCUCCACUCACAAACCACAAGCUCGAUCAUCUCGCUCCAGCUCAUCCGAUCGAGCACCUUGCAAACCUGCUUGAUUGAUUGUUUGAUCCUAUUUCAAGCUAGUCAUUAGUGUACUCUCGUGUCUCUUGGUUGGUUGGUUAGGCUGUAGUUGAGUGAGGAGUUCUCGAGUGAUCGACCACUACUCACGGUCAUGGCGUCUCGUCGUGUGUCCCUGCUGCUGGGCGUACUGCUGUCCUACUCCGCCGCCGUCGCCGUCGCCGUGGCGGCGGCCAACUUCAACCAGGAGUUCGACAUCACGUGGGGCGACGGUCGUGGCAAGAUCCAGGACAACGGGCAGCUGCUGACGCUGACGCUGGACCGGACCUCCGGGUCCGGGUUCCAGUCCAGGCACGAGUACCUCUUCGGCAAGAUCGACAUGCAGCUGAAGCUGGUCCCCGGCAACUCGGCCGGCACCGUCACCGCCUACUACCUGUCGUCGCAGGGCAACACCCACGAUGAGAUCGACUUCGAGUUCCUCGGCAACGUCUCCGGCGAGCCCUACACGCUGCACACCAACGUGUUCACCCAGGGCCAGGGACAGAGGGAGCAGCAGUUCCGCCUCUGGUUUGAUCCCACCAAGGACUUCCAUACCUACUCCAUCCUCUGGAACCCCAAGCACGUCAUCUUCAUGGUGGACGAGAUGCCGAUCAGGGACUUCCGGAACCUGGAGAGCAAGGGGGUGGCGUUCCCCAAGAACCAGCCGAUGCGGCUCUACUCCAGCCUGUGGAACGCCGACGACUGGGCGACACAGGGCGGCCGCGUCAAGACGGACUGGUCCCACGCGCCCUUCUCCGCCUCGUACCGGGGAUUCAGGGCCGACGCCUGCGUCGCAGUCGCCGGCGGCAAGACGCGCUGCGGCGGCGGCGGCGGCGGCGGCGCCGUCGGCACCGAGGGCGCCGGCGCUGGAGCGCCGGCCGGGGACUGGUACAACCAGGAGCUGGACCUCACGCUGCAGCAGCGGAUGCGGUGGGUGCAGCGCAAGUACAUGAUCUACAACUACUGCACCGACCCCAAGCGCUACCCGCAGGGCCUCCCCGCCGAGUGCUCCAUGCAGUAGUAGCCCGGCUCCGUUCGUCGUCGUCCGUCCAACAGGCUCCUCCAACAAUGGCGCGUGGUGUGCUACUGCCACGGCGAUCGAUCUCGUCACCGGAUCAAGCAAGACGAAGGGCAAGGAAAAGCAUGGGAUGGCUGAGGGGGCCUCCUCUGUAUGGUAAAUAAAUAAGGAUUUGGCGAAUUGUAAUGCAGUACGGAGUACUGCUGGUGGUAAAAUUAUUGUGGCUGUUCUGUAAACCGGAAUCCUCGCGCCUUCGCCACCCUGUUCGUACGUGUAUGUAGUCUACUGUUCGUGUUCAUGUCUCAUGUCUGAAUCAUAUAGUACUCCUCCAUCAAAAAAUGUCAAUACGUGUUUUUCGCUUUGUUC